CGUGACUGAAUGCAAAGGGGGGCGGAGUCCAGGCACCAGGACGCUGCCUGGUCGCAUAGCAACGGCUCAGCACGGAAACAUGAACACUGCGGGUAACCGGGAGCUUCAGGCCAAGGAAUAUUUAGAAAAACAUCGAAUAAUGGAGCUGCUGAGCCAACUCACUAGCUUCCUCCUCUUUGUCCGACCAAAAAAACCGAGAGAGUAUUUGAUCUCUCUUCUGGAACGGCUGAAAAUCGCCAAGGUAACAGGCGUGUCGUUUCCCUUCUUCAUGGACAACUCUAACAUUGUGUCAAUGUUUGAGAUGAUGGACUCAUCUGGCAGAGGCUGCAUAUCAUUUGUGCAGUAUAAAGAAGCUCUAAAAAACUUGGGUCUAUGUACUGCAGAUGAAGUUUUGAAUGAUGAUGGACGUAGAAUAACUUUGGAUAAAUUCAGAGAUGAAGUUGUUGAACCAGUUUGCCCUCAAGUUGAGUAGAAUUUCAACAUAUUUCUGAGCCAGUUUGUAAAUUCCAACUUCAUUUAAGGCUGCUGUGGCAGGAAGGCGCUCAGAAGCUGACUGCAGGACAUCUUUCAGGAGUAAUGCAGAGCCCGUGUUCAAAUUCAGAACGAUGCAGGCUGCUUUUACACUGUUUAGGAAGACAAGAAGAAAGAAGAGGAGAGAUCACUAUGCAUAAUGUACAUUUUAAAGCAACAAAUUUUUGACAAAUGUUCUCAUGUUUAUAACUAUACUUAAUAUUAAAUACUUAAUAAUUAUAACCAAAAUUAAUGUUAAAUUUAUGAGAAAACUAAUUUUCCUCUGGUCUGGGCUAUUGUUAGGCACUAAACCUAGCUGUGAUUUCUUGUUUUCUGUGAGUGGCAGAAUUAUACCUGCAUUCAUUUUCUAUUUACUCUCCUAGUAAUAAGCAAGUAGCAUUGAGCCAGAUGCUAGGAAGCAUGUCUAACAUAUAGUUUAUACCUGGUUCUGGUCAGUUUUCUGGAUCACACCUAUUGUUUUGGUUUCCCUAUUAUGUUUUGAAAAUAUAAUACCUUCACAAUGAAUGUU